ACCUGAGUAUCCAAGAGCAGCAUUGGGUUUGUGACGCCCCACUUAGGUGAGCCGGGCGCACGCCCCGCUCCGUCGCCAAACGGCUACUCUGACCAAAACACAGAGAGCCCAGUCUCGCUGCUUUUUCGCUUGUUUUCAUGAAAGGAAGAGCAAUACAUGUACUCGCGACUUCUUGUACAUCACGGCGAGCUGUUGUUCCCCUCCACCAUCACCCACAGCGGCACGGUGUCGAUCAACUACAUACACAUCAGAUCAAACUAACAAGCGGAUGCGACGCUAUCUGUGUGAAGGAACAAAUUCAUUACGGCAUCUGUAGAAUAGUGGACGAGGCCAAAGGAGCGGACAACCCUCAGUCAGUGCUGCACCAUAUUCCUUCAUAACUGUGUGUUCGUUUCAUUCAAUCAAGUUCAGAGAUCAUGACGACCUCUUCAAACUUGUGGCGACAACUUCUGGUGGCGACAGCUCUGAUUUUUGCUCUUGUUGGUGUUGUGGAUUGUAAGCUAGCAGAUCGCUCUCGAAUAGUAAAGGCUCGGCUGGACGCUGGCCAUAUAGAUCGGUACCACGACAAUGGGAGACCAAUCGAAGGACAAGGCUAUCGCUCACGUCGUGGAGAUGACACAUAUGAUGUAGACCAACGAGCAAGAGCCAAAGCUACGCAAAAGAAAAAACUCGCAAAGCGAAAGCCAGCACCAUGGCAAAUGGAGUUUCCUCCAGACACAACUGGCAGCUACAUGGAAGAAAGCGCUAGAAUCGACGAGGGAGACGUGCAAAUGAACAACGAAACUCCGGAGGAGUUCCAAAGAAAGCUUUCUUCACAACUCUCAGGUUGCUGUUACACCUAUCAAGGAUACUCUGCUCAAGACCUUUGCAAUAUGUAUGGGAAUGACUGUGAGAGCGGAGAAACCCCCUCUCACGAUUCUGGCGACGGUGAUUGUUCCCAGGAUGGUCUGUCGUUCAUCGGCGUCUCCUUUUCCGUGAACACAGCCAAUGGAAACCCAUACUCGUACCAACUGUGUGACCAGUUCCCGAUGGAGAACAUUAUUGACCGCGACUAUGAGUACAUUAUGAGUAUGGAUGAAGAUGGCUGGCUCGUUGGAGGAGGAUACAAAACCUUUGACUACUCUGGAAAGAUGCCCUACAUUGACUCUUCUCAUACAGAGCUGCUGCGUAUCGGUAACAUGGAUCCCACCACAGGAGGAACAAGCAUUGACCAGGUGUAUUCGGCAAUGACCGCCAUCUCAUUCGCGCCUUUCAGCAUCUUUCCAGAGUACCUGAAAGGAGGAGGUGGGCACCACUCUGGUGACAACAACGACGAAGAAGCAGCAGUUCCGUCAGGAGAUGUCACCUUGAUUGUUUCCGUCGUUGAGACCUAUGACGAUGACAACUCGUACUCUUCCUAUGAAACUUUCUUGGACGAUCUGUUCAAUGCCAUGGACUCUGUGGGUGGAGGUCCAUGUAUGGACGAUCAUGACACUGAUCCUCACGUGUCAAUGUCCCGCGGUGUCAAAUUCUGGUCGUCGUACCACCAGCAACAAUACAUGUACGAAGCCAACCUAGAAGUCGCAGUGUGGCAAGCUAUGUACCCAAAUGGAGUACCCAUUGGAUCGUCUGGAGAUGCUGCAUUCCCCCCUGGUCGUGGCGGCACAAGGCAGUAUGUUGGUUACGGCAAUCUCUACUUCUUCUUUGAUCGAGCCAACAUUACUCAGGCAUUCCGCCCGUAUCGAAGUCUCACUGACAAUGAGAAGUACUACUCAACUUUGUACACUACUGGAGAAAUCUCAUACUUUUACUCAAAGACGACCUCCAUCAACUUUGAUUACAGCGGAUCACGUGAUGACGGCGACGAAACAUACGAGCACAAUGCAUACGCCUGGAAUGCUCAGGCGGCGAUGCACGAUAUGACCGACGGGUGGGACCUGCCGCCAAACUGUCUCCAAGAGGGUGAAACUUUCUUUGGAAUCCCGCUUUCCAGAACCAGUGACUCCAAGCUUCAAAGUACAUCCACCUUCCAGGAUCAGUUUGAUUUUGAGUACCUUGUGGACCGAAACAAUACAUACGUAAAUUCCUUUGGAACAAAUCACGGUUGGCUCAUCGGAGAAGAGUUGGACAAUGCGGUCGGUUCUAUUGUAGACAAGGAUACAGCGCACAUUCCAAUUUUCUACACCGGAACGACGAAUAAGAACAUGGGAGGAAUUACGCUUUCGGACCUGAUCAAAAUCGCAAAGAACGUUGACUUUGGAACACUCUACGUCAAGCCCGCCUUUGUUUUCGUGGACGACGACGGCCACGCCAAGCUUCAGUUCGAAGCGGAUCCACAGUCUGCGAUGGCAUACUUGUAUGACACGCUUUGCAAGGAAUUAGGAAUCUCGUGGAACUACCAUUCCCCUACCAACAACCUCGGUAUUUACACAAACUGUGCCAUGCACGCUGCCGGUGAUCGAGCUACCUAUGGAUGCGGCCCCGAGAACUCCAAUACUGGCGGAUUCUGCCCUCAGAUGGUUCUAGCCUACAGUCCUCGCUUCACUGACGAAGAUUCCGCUGCAGCAUACCUGUCCAGGUGCAACAGCUACGUUGACUACUGGCGUUCGCUCUAUCCUUCUGGUGUUGCUGUUGGCACUAGUUCUUUCUGCCCCUCCGGAGGUUGUCUUGCCCUCUUCUUGAACCGUAUCGAUGUGUACGAGGUUUUCAAGCCGGAUCUUGGUGGUGCAUGGGUCGAAUACAAUGGUGCGUCGAUGCCACCCACCUUUUCGCCUGCACCUACAUGGAAGGGAGGAUGCGACGAGCCCCACAAUGUUUUCCUAGACAAGUGCGUUCGCAAGCGAUACAAGCCCAAGCCCUCGGCUGUUGCAUGGGAUGCUUUGGGAUCAGUUGGUCAAAUUUCCGUGAUGCUUGUGGUUUUCAUGGCCGUUACGCUUUCUAUUUCCAUCUUCCUCGCCAGAGCCAGAAAGAAGCGCCGACGAGGUGAAAGUUACCUUGGUUUCUUCUUCCGCGACCUCACUCGCAAGAAGAGAGGACGUCGCAAGAAGAAGAACUCGGCCCUUGAGGAGAGCAUGCUUCCUGACAAUGCAAGCCGCCGAUCCAAGUCAAGUCGUCGUGGAGGUUCCCGCUCACGGGCCAGCAGCCGAUCUUCCAAACGGAGGAGCCGAUCUGUUGGUGCUGGCUCAAAGAGCGGGCGAGAUCGCAGUCGCUCUAGAUCCCUUCGACCGGUCCCAGUGCAACCGCUUGAUCGCUCACAACGCUCCCGGUCUCGAGAGCGAGAAAAGUUGUCUUCAGGCGCCUCUGUUGGUUCUACUGCGUCUCGCCGGAGCGGCGUUUUUGACAUUGCUGUCACCAGUCCACAACCUGAUGAUGGCAGCAACAAGAGACAGCAAUUGGUAUAGCCCCCUCUGAUCUGCCCAUCUAUGAACAACAACUUGACAGCUGCGAGAGCUUCAUGAUUAUUGUUUCAGUAGCACUACGCUUGCAUACAUGACGCAUUGUGCUAGUCAUUCGACUUCUUGUCAUUCUCAAAAUGGACUUCUUAGCGAUAUUCGUUGGUGACUUGAGGAGGGGUAGCGACGGCAACGAGAAGAGGGUAUUCUGCCGGUAGAUGAUCUAACAAAUUGUAAUGUAACGUUUUUCUAAUGUUUGCUUAACCCCACU